AUGACGUUCCGUUCCAGCAUCUUUGCAGACAGGCAGCACAUUACAAGCGACGACAGACACAGGCUCGAAGCUGGCAAAUCGGUGUCAGCUUCACAGAUCGCAGGCGACAGGUGCCUGCGAUGGUCUUCUUCCAAGGAGGUGGAAGCCUCUCCUUCCGGUCCUCGCGACGAAAGACUAUUCGUUUCUUUGAGAGGAGACCGUGGUUUUGCUGGUCUUGCUGACUUGAGGGCACAAUGCUCUCCCAGCAGCCGAUCCGUGCAGCCAGAGACCAGCUGGAAAGUUUCGAGGUCUGUCGUGAGCGCGCUUGAAGCUGGCUGGCGAGAAAGUUUUGCUCGAACGGACUUGCCGGGCGGUUCGUGCUCACCAAAUCCCUACGGUUCAACAGAACGAUCCCUGCCGAGUCUGUCGGGACAUCCGUCGGGUGUGGAAGUCGUGCUGGCAAAGCAAAGCCUGGUCGACAUUAUCAGGAACAGACACAAGGAUGCUGCGGGACCUGAUCAACAAGUCUCGCCACAUGCGGAGCAGACACCUUUCAGGAGCUCUUCCGGCUCAGAAGCCUUUGCACAGGAUCGCCGAAGUGCAAGUUCUGAACCACAGGACUUGCGCAUACGAGAUCCAGGCAGUCCGGCGACCAACUUUGAAGUGACAGGCCGGGACGAGGCGCCGGAGGCGGAGGGCGAGCGUCGGCUCGGCCAAGCGGGAGCCCUCCAGGCCGAAGCAUCGCAAAGUCCACCGACGCCUCGGCAGGUACGGAUCCAAGCCGACUCCCGGCAAGCCUACUCCCCUGAGGUGACAGAGGCUCUUCGUGAGCGUGUUGCGAUGUUGGAGACUUUAUUGGCAAAGGGCUCGCCUUUGAAGGUUGGCAAGGGACUUCCCCCUCCGAGACAAGACGAGGAAUCAUCCUCGCGAACACUGAGUGAGGACUCGGUAGCUGCGCGAAGUGCUCCAGUUCGCACUCCCGUAGCAAGCCAGCGCAGCCGAAGCGUGCGCAUUUCCAACCAGAGCAGUUGCUUUGACUCCAAAAGCGGUGGCGGAAGUCCACGCCAUGAGGCAUCCGACUCCAGCAAGCACAGUGUGGAAAAGACGGGGAAGGCGGACUCAGAAGGAACAUCCGACAUCGCUGAAGGUGAAGUAGCUCCAAAAUCAGCCGUGGAGCAAGGAGGAGCCAGUUCGAAGAGCGCACAGAAGGGCAAAGGGCCACCCCCUCCGAAAGGAGGCGCAAAGGGAGCUUUUUCAGCACCGCCGGCUCCCGGGAAGGGCAAGGUGAAAGGCAAGCCCGCUCCUCCGAAGGCUCCACCGCGAGCAGGAGCAAAGGCUGGGCUCACCAAGGAAGCACAUAAUCCGAGAAAGGCAGAGAUUCAGCCACGACUUCCCAUGAAAAAGCUCUUCUGGAACGCUUUCGUGCUGGACGACGAGCACCUCCGAAGCUGUGAAAAUGUAUGGGCAGCAAUCGAGAAGGAGAAUGCAGACCUCUACAGCUUCGACGUGCAGGAGCUGGAACAGCUUUUUUCGGAAACGUCGUCUCGCUCUGGAGUGCAAACUCCCGUGUCACACGGUGUGCUUAACGAAACUUUGCAAGUGCAAGCUACCGCGUACUCUGCAGUACGCAGCGAAGGCAUACGGACAGGUGCGUUGUUAUGCGAGGUCCUAGAAUGCCAAGGGGAGUGGUGUGGUAUGAUGCUGUUGGGCAGUGCCAUGGAGGCAGCUCAGCGGUGCACCGACGAACCAGACUCAGAGCAAGAGUGUUUGAGGAAUCCCGCCGUCGACAGAUGGAAGCGGCGGAAAUGCGCCCUGCGAACCGUGACCCAGGUCAAAGCGAUCCAUGACAUGGAUGAUGAUUGCUUGGACAAGGUGGAGCUUCUCCUGGCGACAGCACCUACUGCAGAAGAGCUUACCAUGCUUCAUGCUGCAGCGAAGGAGAUGCCUGAGAAGGCUUCCCUGCCCUGGGAUGAUGCUGAAGAUUUUGUGUGGAAACUUGCCGAGGUGGGACACUUCCUAGUAAGACUCCAGACAUGGUCCUUUGAGAAUGCCUUCGAAGAGCGCUUUCACAUCUUCCACUCGGCCGUGACGGAAGUCAAGGAUGCGUGCCAUGCGCUAAGAGAUUCGCACAGGAUUCCAAGGCUGCUGGGCAUCACUCUUAAUGUGGGCAAUUACUUGAAUGCCGGAACAUCUCGAGGCAGAGCCGAUGGUUUCUCUGUCGAGGUUUUGUCUCAGAUGCGGGCAUUGAAGGGCCAGGCAGCAUCGUCCAGCUCUGCGAGCACAUUGCUGGACUUCGUGGUACGUCAAGCAGAACGCAGCAGGCCAGGCGAGCUUCUUCAGCUGUUUGGCGAAGUUGGUGAGGCAACGCUGGUUCAGAGAGCGUUCCGUCACAAUCUGAAGGAGCUGUCCUUGGAGUUGACUGCCUAUUGCGUCCAGGCCCGUGGCCUGGCAAGGCAGUCUUCCAACGGUGAUGAUGUUCUCAAAGCUCGAGCAGGAAAGGUGGAGGCUCACUUGAGAGAUUUGGAAACUUUGCAAAGGCUGUUCGUAGAAGCCGAGGAAGACUUCAACAGUGUUAGCGACACAGCCUCAGCGUUCGUUCGGGAUGUUUGCACGUUGCGUGGUUCCACGAAGGCUCUGGAAAGAAGCCGGUCUGCCAAUGCCAAUCCUGCCCAUCUCCUCUGGCAAGAGCGUGUGGACAAGGAGAGGAAGCUGGCCAAGAGGCAGAUCAUGAAGCAGCUUGUCCUGGAUGGCGAGGAGCAGAGGGACGCAGAGCCGGAAGCACCGCCAUUGCACGAUUUGCAUCAGUGCAUGUCCUUGCCGGCUCUAGGAGCAUCGAGCUUCACACCCAUGCUUCCGAAGAUUGGGACUUCGGCGUCCAGAAGCAUGACAGGUAGGCGACCUGGCAGCACC